UCGAAAAAAAUCACUUGAUCAAAUCCCACUGUUAACGUGCAAAUCUUGGCAGUGCGUUACAGUUUGUUCUGGCUAAAGCACCGUUUCAUCAUUGUUACCGCUCCACGAUUUCUACAUUCACUGGUUUGUUCCUGACCCUCGCUGUUCAUACUUUAGAUUGUGCUUCGCUUGGGCCUGUGCUAGUGGAGUUCAUUGUGUAUGCGGCUGUGCUCCUAUUUCCAAAACACGACAUUGUGAGAGUAAAACGACGACCGAAACAACGAAUUUUGCAUUGAGUGGCUUCAAUUUGUUAGAACCAUUGUUUGGACCAAAAAUUAUUGGAGUGUGUAAUUACGAACGGUGUCAACGAUUUCAUUUGUUAAAGUCAACAUUUGCACUUUAAAAGCGAAUAAAGCUAUUGAAAAUCACAUCAAAAUGAUACCAAGUUUAUCGUUUUGGGAGAAGCCAAUUGCGCGGCAGGCGCUGUUAUCAAUAUGCAUCGCAAUGUCAUUCUUUUAUAUCGGUCUAGUUCGAGGCUAUUCCGCACCAGCUGUUCCAUCGAUCAUGGAAAAUGAUCCCGAGCUACUGCCAACCAAAAACAUAGCAUCAUGGGCAAGUUCAGUACCUCCAAGUGGCGCAAUUUUUGGCAGUAUUUUAGCAGCAUUAUCGCUUAAUUAUCUUGGUCGGCGGUAUACAAUUAUCGCCGCCUCACCACUAGCAACAAUCGGAUGGAUCUUAAUUGCAACCGCAACACGCUAUGAAGUUGUGAUUGCUGCACGUUUUUUGAACGGUUUUUGCGUUGGACUUUGCUUGCCAUCCGCUCAAGUUUACAUUGGCGAAAGUGUUGACCCAAAAAUUCGUGGAAUUUUGGGAUCAUUACCAUCGAUUUUCAUGUCAUUGGCUAUAUUGAUCGCCUAUAUAAUUGGCAGCUUGGUGAAAUGGGAUAUUCUUGCGUGGUACUGCACCGUCAUGUCUGUUGUGUUCGGAAUGUUGCUGUUCACGAUGCCCGAAUCGCCAGUUUGGCUGCGCAGCAAAAAACGUCUCAAGGAAGCUGAACAAUCGGAAAAAUGGUUGAAAUUAACACCACACACACCGGCCACAAAUGAAAAAACCGAAAUGGAAAUGUCACACACGGAAAAACCAGCGAUCGAUGACAACAAAUCGAAAAAAUCGAUUUAUCUCACACGGCCAAUUGUAAUGCCGUUGAUUAUUGGACUGUCAUUGCUUGUGUUACAACAAAUUAGCGGUAUCGAUGCUAUCAUAUUCUUCACCGUUGAAAUUUUCCGUGAAUCAGGCAGUUCAAUAAACUCACACUUGGCAACGAUCAUGGUUGGAUUGGUUCAGCUGGUCAGCAACAUAGCCGUAUUGUUUGUGGUCGAUAAAUCCGGCCGUAAGCCACUUUUGAUGAUUUCAGCUAUUAUAAUGAGCAUUUCAAUGGCCGGCAUGGGUACGGCCUUUUAUUUAAAGCAACAAGGAACCGAGAGUGUUGGCUGGCUGCCGUUGACAAGUUUGGUAAUCUACAUGGUUGGAUUUUCGGUGGGUUUCGGUUGCAUUCCAUUUUUAUUACUCGGCGAAUUGUUCCCAGUUGAGCAGCGCAGUGUGUUGAGUUCGAUUGCUGGUUCAUUCAAUUUGGGCGUUAUGUUUCUUGUCAUUAAAACGUAUCAUUAUUUGGAACAUAUAAUCACAACGGCCGGCACAUUUUAUAUGUAUUCCGUUUUUUGCGCUCUGGCCUUUAUCUUUGUGAUAUUUGUCGUACCAGAGACGAAAGGAAAAGAUUUAGACGAUAUUGCAAAGUUGUUCGUUAAAAAUAGACGUCAAUCGGUGGCUUCAAACUCGGGAGCGGUAAAUAAAGCAUUCAACAAUAGUGGCGAACAGUAUUUGGCCGUGGCAACGGUGAUGAACGAUACAAAUGGCCUGAACAAGCAACAAGCAUUGGCUAAAACAGUCAACGGAAUCAAUGGCAAUGGCAAUGGCAAUGAUUCCGACAUCACAAAACUUUAACGACCCUCAAGCGAUGCAAACAGGGCGUUUUUUUGGUUAUUUGCCGGUCGAAUUUUUCCACAUUUCAGUUAAACAUAGCGGACGGGAAAAUGGCAAAUAACUUUUAUCAACAAAUCGAUCGAAAAAUCCUUUCUUUUUCUUUCAAUGAAAAAAAAAAACAACAACAACAACGAAUUCAAUUCUUUUCAAAAUCAUGAACAAACCAAAAAGCCAACAACAACAACAUUUUAUGAAACGAUCAAUCAAAAUUCACCAAACCAGACCAAAGAGUACGCAUUUGGUGUGUUCUUUUCACUUUGGAAAUUCGAACCGAAUGAAGAAUAGUCGAGAAACCAUUGGAAUUGCAGGAGAUUGUGGAGCUGAAAGGCGCACGCAUGCAGGUAGUGCAUUCUAUUUCCGAUCUUCAGCACACAAGACAAACACAUACACGAACGUGCUGGUACGCGCCAAAGAGAGAGAAAGAGAGAAAAUGAAAAAUCUCGAUAUGCAUAGAAUGCAUACGACAACCGAGAGAAUUUAAUGCCUUAAAUGUCAUCCAAAAAUGUUUCCUGUAAUCAGAUUGGGAAAGCAAGGGAGAAUUAGAUGGCGAUUUUUAUUCGGUCUAAUUAAAAAUCACAUCAACAACAACAGCAUCGAGAGAAACCUCACAAUGUGAAAGUAUACACAAAACCACAAAACAAAACAUUUGGCAGUUUCAGAGUUGUCUCGAAGCAGAAAUCGUUCUAAUAGACAACACACACAUACAAUACAACAUAGCAAAAAGAAUCAUUUUACUAACAACAACAUAAAGGCAUGCGAUAGGCAUAAAUUUAGAUGUUGAAUGAGUUGAGAAUCGAACGGAGCGGACGAAUGAAGGAAUGAAACAAGGAAAAACCAUUGGCCCGUGAUGGUUUAGUAAAAAAGAAGAGAGAAUAAAACGCUUUAAAUGCUAAAAGUUCAAGUGUCAUACCGUUUUCUUGCCACUUUACUUUCUUACAUUUUGUUACGUUGCAGUGGAUCUGAUUGUUGUUCGUUUCGUUUAAAUACUCAAAAUAAACAGCAAAAAACAAAUAAUUAAAAAUUUGACGAAAAACAAAACGAAUUUUUGUAUUUUAUUUAAUCUUUUUCUUUCUUCCUUUCUCGUUUCAGUUUAGAUGGAUGGUUCUUUAGAUAUAAUUUUGUCAAAUCGCCAAGUUACAAAAGCGAGAGAAAACAAUAGUAUGAAUUUCGUCCGGUUGUGGUUUAUUUUACUUAGUGUCUUAUGUUACACACACUGCAAAUUAAAGAGACAUCACAAGUGAAUCGUGCGCGCAAUAAAUUACAUGAGCUUGAUAUGCUGCCGUCAUUCUUUCAGUUGAAAUCAAAUACACUUAUGCGUUUUGAAUGUGGUUGACAAAACAAAAAACCCGAAAAAAACGAGAGAAAGAAUGAAAGAAAAACCCAUUGUCUGAUGGUUGAAACAAACGUUUGCAAGUGACGAGAAAAUAGUUUCGAAUGUUGUUUUCUAAUUUUGCAAAAGAAACGAACAUUGUUUCUCUUUUCUAAUGCGAUCUUUUUCAUUCCGAAAUGCGGUGCAAGUGCCGCGACUGUCGCUGCUUGUUGACUCUAGUUGAAAAUCGUUUUUCGGCCCGUCGCAUACUGUUCGUUCGAGAUAUCAGCGCACAGUUAUCGAGUGAUCGUGGUGACGAAGUGAUCGUUAAGCCAGACAUUUGACAAAAAACUAUUUUUUUCUUUCAAAAUUUCAGUUCAUUGUUAGAAAUUUGCGUAGAUUCGAUAGAUCCCAUUGGGAAAGUUUACCAGUCAACCGGCAAUGUGGCUGAAUUAGAAACAGAAAUUUAAGUUAAGCAAACGGUUAGUAAAUCAUUAACAAAAAUUUCAUCAACACCAAAUCACCAUUCCAUUGACGGAUAUGUUCAUUCGCAGGUUAUGACAGAUUUUACACAAUUUUUUUAUUGCUUCAUUUUUUGGCAAAGUGGCUCACAUUCUAUCUAUUCAAUGUUCUUCGGUUGCCUGUGAACUAGACUCAGACCUACAAAUGCGAAUUUUUCUUGGCAAAAUUUACAUCGGUCGAUUUGCCGUUUGGCUAAAUCGAUGUAUUUCAAGUUUAUAAAUGAAACGAGUCCUUCAUUGUUGUUUUUGUUUUUCAUGUGAAAAUUCUAACGACUAUUUUUAUCAAAAAAAAAGACGACGUAGACCGUUUCGCUUAGGAAUUCAUCUAAUUUUGAGUUUUUUUUUGUAUCGUCUUUUUACACCGUUACAUAUCACAUUCAUAUACCAACAAGUUUAUAUUUAUGACAUUUUUUUUCUUCUUCUUCGGUACGCUCAUCGCAUUCAAUGCGAUCACUUUCUGUCGUGAGCUCAAUUUCACUAACGGCGAUACAAAAUGACAAAAUAAAUAUGAAUAUACAUCGUAUGUUAUAUGCGCUGAAGGAAAACUGUAUUAUCAAAUCAACCUAUUUUUAAUAUAUACAACCAGCUCGACGCUUGUUUUUUGGCGAUUUGGUACAAAAAUGAACAACGAGAAGGGAAAAAAGCUGAACACUUGAACGAAUGAUGCCGUUUGUUUGUUGUUCAUGAACUUGUGUUUGAUUUUUCACGAUUCGUGAAAAAAGACAGAUUUUAUGCACAAUUUCUAUUGAGCUAUUUUUAAUUGGUUUUUAAUGAGCAAAUGUUCAUUUUCACUUUCUCUCUCUCUCUCUCUCUCUCUCUCUCUCUCCCUUUUUUUAUUUUUCAGCAAAACCAUUUCGAUACGCCUGUUCGACAACAGAACAACAGAGCGAUUUAUUUUGUUUAUUUGUUUGUUUCUUGUUUUUCUCUAAAGUUACAAUGCCAUCGCGAAAUAAGAAAAAUAAAAAUCGAGCACAGCAGCCAACAACAAGUGGUACAAGUGCAACGAAAAAUGAAGCGACGUCCGUUGAAAUGAGCAAAGAUUUGGGUCCCAGCAAUGAGCCCGAAUCGAAGCCAAAAGAUUUGAAAUCCACAAUCAGUGUGGCAAAAGAAAAACUGGAUCAAUUGCAACAAACGGUGGAUUCAAUUAAGGCAAGCAUUAGCCAAGCAAAUGUUGAAAAAACGGAUGAAAAACCAAGUGAUGAUGGUGGGAAAGAGCAAGACGACAAGGCUGAACAACCAUUUGAAACGCAAACGAUGAAGAAAAAACGGAAUCGCAACCGGAAUCGCAAUCGAAAUAAAAACUCACAAAGCAAUACGACCGACGAGAGUGGCAUGAGCAGUACUUCUGGAACAAAUGAAAAUAGCACACACGAAAAUAGCCCAACACACGCUGUUUUAACGACAAUUGUGUUGCCAACAAGCGAUGUCAUCACGUCGAAAAUUACUGAAGAACCGACUCUAGUUGAUUGCAAUGAGCGGAAAGGCGAUAACGAUCAUAAUGACGCCGACAACAUUGUAAUUGAAUCCCCAACUGAAACAAUUCAAGCGGUUGAAAUUCAAUCAAGCCCAAAAAUUGACGAAAUUCGAACGGAAGCCAUUGAAAGCGAAACUCAAAUUGGUGAAUCUUCGGUGAAAAUUGAUACAACGGUUGAAAGUGAAAAAGAGGCACCGAUUGAAAGACCAACGCCAGGCGAAAGUGAAUCAGCUUCGAAACAAGAUGAGAAAACGAGCGAAACAAGUGGGCAAGUGGCAAAAGACAGUGAUAAACGAACCAAGGACAAUGAAAAACAGAAGAAAAAUACUCGUCAAGCAAAAGAUAAUAACAAAAA